GAUCUUUGUGUCUUGAAUUAAUAGGUCUUGAAAAAACAGAGCAAAAACUAACACAUUCUAGGUACCAUUUUUUAGUUGAUCUCCAGUUCCGAUCGUUGUUUCUUGCAUUGUGGGUCUUGUCCUGACUUUUCAAAUUUUGUUGCUUUUUGAUUUCGGUUUUUGAUCUCUUUUUUUUUUUUCUUUCAUUUUCUUAAUGUCAAACACGUUUUCUUAAUUCUUGAGAUCUGCAAGAGAUUUUUCUGAGGGCAUUUGGGAUAAUAUAAGAUAUAUAAAAUUUUGUUUUGUACAAUGCUUUACUCUCACUUUAGUCUCAGUUUUAAUAAUCUUGUGUUUAAUUUGAUCCUAAGAUAAAUCAAUUAUCAUGCAUGGUUGAUCAUUUGUUCUCUCUAGAAUUAUCAAUUCAUCUUGAUAAUCAAUUUUGUUGGUGUCAUUGUAGAUGAGACCGGCAGGAAUUCUCGAGGCUAUUCAGAAAAUACUCAAGGCUAUGGAGGCGGCUAAUGGAAUUGCUGACGACAAAUAUGAAAAAGGGUUCUUCGAUGAGUACAUGUUCUGUUUCAGAAACUGCUACACUGAGGAUGAAACUGUGAAUCACAUGAGCAAUAAGUUUCCUUCUUCAGUACCUGCGGAUGUGAGAAAGUUCUUUAAAUUGUUGUUAUCGGCGACAGGUAAAGAGCCAAAAAAGGCGUAUCUCAAGGACGCUGAAGAUUGUUCGUUUCAUAGAAGGAAACUGAUGCGUGAUACUUCUGAGGAAGCUAAGAACAGUCAAGGUGAGGCCAGUACAUCUCACAUAUGUAAACCUAACUGCAAGAAGCGUUAUCCCAAAUUCAAAAAACAUUAAUAGUACUAUUCAAAGAAUACGUUGUUGUCUAAAUAAGAGUGGUUUUUGUGUUCCUAUACAACAAAAUCCAUGUUUAUGUUUCCCUUUGUUUAGGAGUUGUACUCCAAUGUCUUUGUGAUUCACUAAUAAAAAUA